GACCGCCUGGGCCGCCGCGACUCUUCUGUACGUUGCAGCUCCUGCAAUGGUUGGUGCCAUCUCCGCUGCAGUGACCUCGCCAACCCUGACGAUUGGUCGCUCGCCUUCGCCUGCCCCAGGUGUCCCGUGUCUCUACCUGCCCUUCCUGCAUUCCACACAAAUGCUCAAGUUUUUAACCUGGCCACACCGCCUAGCUUUAAGCUGCUACAGUUCGGCAUCAACGGCCUACUCGGCAAACUUGACCUGCCACUCGCAUUCGUGCGUUCGCACAGCAUAGCUGCAGCGGCUAUCUAA